AUGAGUUUCAAGAAGAGCAAAUUGGAUCUGUUGAUCCGUGUUCGUUACUCUAACCCACUACCUCCACCACCAUGUCCGCCUAAACUACUUGACAUACCUACCGACCCUAUGCGCUAUGCGCGCCCCGAGUUCCUCGACGAGAUCGCCGCUGCAACACCGUUGCCUAUGGUUGUUGACGGAGAUCUUGGAAUGCCGCUUGACCUGUCGCGCUGGGACUGCUUGUGGGAGGAGAACGGGGACGAUUCAGAACUUAACCCUGACCCUAAUAAUCUCCCGAAACUCGAUCCCAAAGACCAAUUCCUCCUUGGAGACCCCGCAUCUACCGGACCCGUUCUCGGGACUGGCUCUACGUCAGGGACGUCAACACCGCUAUCGUCUGUCCCACACGUACCAUGGUUACGGAAAACGGAAUAUCUCAGUCGAGAUGGGCUUAUGCGGCCUAAUAUCUCUCAAGAGAUAAAACAACAUAUCGACGUUUCUAUCGACGUCUCACGCGAGGCCCAGCUGAGGGACAUUGAAGCCUCGUUUGCUGCCGUCGAGACCUCGGAGCUCUCCGCUUUGCGGCAUCCUCUAAGACCGGAGCUCACCGCUGUGGAAGCGUUCGAGGUCUUCCCGGACGCGGAUAUCUGGGCAAAUGCGUACGACUUGUUCAGAUUCUCUGAGCGGCCGGGCGACAGGCCGCCAGAUAUGGAAGACCCCCGCUUGGACUGUGCAAUCCUCCGGCCCAUGGAGGCCGACGGCGACCACUUCCUUGCAUAUUACCUCACUAAGGAGGACGAAGCGGCCGUCCAGUUCAAAGAAAACCGGCUCGCGCGUGAGCCAGACGCGCCCCCCGAGGAUGAGCCAACGUAUUUCCACUUUGUGCGCGACUACGAGACGGUCAAGGUGGAGCAGGAGGUACCGAAUGAGUUCCUGCUCGUGCUCGACGAGGGCACAGACGAGUUCGACACGGACACGAAGGGUGGCGUGCCCCGGCCGAAGGGCGCGUACUAUAAAAAUAUCGAGCGCAAGAUGCUGCUCAAGAAGAAGCGUGUGAACACGUACGAGUCUUACGGGGACAAGUGGGACGUCGUGAAGCUCACCCACGUGCCGAUGAGCAAGGAGGAAGAGCAGGAGCGGGAGGAGGCCCUCGCCGAGGUCAUUGAUCCGCUCUUCCCUCUUGCACGUGCUGAUGUGGACACGGAUGCCGAUGGGGAGGUGGACGACGCGGCUUUUGGUCUCAAUGGCGCAUCAGCCGAGACCGUGGACGCGAUUCGACAGGAGGCCAUCGACGUGUUCGGCGAGGAGUAGAACCAGCCAGCAUGCGAUGAUGCCCGCCCGCCUUACGCUAUCCGGCUCUGUGUACAGUAUAGUGCGUUCUCGCUCGUGCGAUCUGCUAUCGAUUUCAGUUCAGUCUAUGGUUUUGAUGCUCGUGGGAACUAAGGAGGUACAUCGUAGGUCUUGGGAACGACCGUCUUGAAUGUUUGCAUGGCAAGACGUCAGAAGCGACAACUGAACCUCCACCGCUCAGGGUACUUGAGUACUCAAUCCGUGCUCAG